GACAACAAGCCCCGAGGGAGCUGCAGGUGUAGCAGGAGGGCGCAAUGACGAAGAUAAGCCAUGAUCAGGAGUUUGAUUGCAAAGUUUUGUUUGCUCGCGUACUUUGCACUAACCGCAGGACAAGAGGAGGAUCAGUGAGAGAGGAUAACUGUCCAGUUCAAACAGGUUCUUUCUUUUUUGCAACACCUUGGAUCUCUGAAUCUACAGGACACAGCCGAGACAAACAUUGACUUUGCCUGGAAGGCCAUCAACUCGGUGAAAGACGCACUUUGGUCUGCCCAGAACUUGUUGGUCUUUCGGAAAGAGGAGUUGACCCUGACCAAGUGUUGCAGACUGUCACAUUCCAAGGUCCAGGACUAUGUGCUGAGGGACGCAGUAAAGCUUGGGGCAGCUGUGGGGGAAGACCACUGUCUAAGAUCUUUCUGUUAAAAUUCAACAAGAUUCAGUAUGUGCACCUGCUGAUAUACAUCAUAUCAUCUGGAGAUGGUCCAAAAACUGGCAGGGAGCAACUCCACACAGUCAACUGGGAGCAGUCCUUCAGAACCACAAAAGUAACUAAACAAACCUAUAUCAUAGUGAUGUCAAAGGAGGCAAAUCAAACCGGUGGCAAUCCCAGUUUUUCCAAAAAUUCCAGCCCAAAUGCCAAAACGCCUACAGUCAUGGAGCUGGAGGAAAUCUUACGCCAUAACAGGGUUCCGCUCAGCUGCAUCGACGAGGUCUGGCCUAGUCUAUACAUAGGAGAUAUGACAAUAGCUCAUGACAGAUUUCACCUUUGGAAGUUGGGUAUCACUCAUGUGUUAAAUGCGGCACACAAACAGGUUGCGUCCAGUGGAUGCCAAGAUUUCUACGGUCCCAGUGUGGAUUAUUAUGGUAUUGCAGCUCAUGACGUACCAAAUUUUGACAUUGCUGCCUAUUUCUAUUCUGCAAGUGACUAUAUACAUAAGGCAGUCGAUAUAUUAGGAGGGAAGAUCUUUGUACACUGUGCUUUUGGAUACAGCCGGUCAGUCUCCUUAGUACUGGCCUACCUCAUGAUUUAUCAUCACCUUUCUCUGCUUGAUGCAGUGAAGACAGUGGCUUCUCAUCGACGGAUAUUUCCCAAUCGAGGGUUUUUAAAGCAGUUACGAAACUUUGACAUAAAAUUACAACAGGAAAGGAUUGUUUGACUUCUUUCCCCUCUAUUGAAACCGAACUGUGGCUUUUUGAUAAUGAUAAUAUUUAUCAGUAUCAGUGUACAGCAUGGUUCAUAUUUACUAUUAUGACCCUAAUUUGUGCACCACCAUGACUGCAGCUAGAAGAGUUUAAGAUCCCACCACAUUAUGAGCAGAGAUACUACAAUUUGAUUCUUAUCUCAGUCAGAAUGAACUUAUAUCUGAUUUGUAAAUGUUUUUGCUUUUUAUUUCAUCACUACCUGAGCAACAUGGCACAAAAUGUCCUGUGUCAACAUUG